AUGAUAAAUAAAAUUCCGGGAGUGCCAACACCAAUAAAAGAAGCCAGCCUAGACAGUUAUGUUGACUCACCAUAUGCCGACCCCAUCGACGCAAUUGACAUCCCGAAGUGGUUCAUCCCACCCAAUAUGCCUAUGUACGACGGAACGACAAACCCAAGGGAGCAUAUCUUGACCUACAAGCAGCGGAUGAUGACAAUCCCAGUUCCCAAGUACAUGAGGGAGGCUAGUCUUUGCAAAGGAUUCGGUUCGACAUUGAUUGGACCCUCCUUGAAGUGGUUAACCAGCCUGCCAAACGGAUGCAUCACUUCCUUUGCUCACCUCGACAACAUGUUCAAUCAGCAAUUCGCCAGCAGCAGGUGUUUGGAGAAACAAACAAGCGACCUAUACCGUGUGGCUCAACGUCCAGACGAACCUCUGAAGGAUUACAUAGCUCGCUUCAUCAAGGAGAAGGUGACUGUACCUGAGUGUGACGUCCCCACGGGAAUCGAAGCAUUCAGGCAAGGGUUGUAUGGCGAAACCGACCUAUGGACGGAUCUGAUCAAAUACCCCUACAAGACGUUCGAAGACGCCCAAGCCAAAGCAACGGCUCAAGUCAGGUUAGAUGAACCACCUCUCAAAGAUGGGGAAAGCGGUGCAGUGGCACCGAAGUCCAGUAAACCCGAGUCAAAGAAGGAUCCCUCAAAAUGGUGUGACUUUCAUGCCGACAUUGGUCAUACUACCAACGAGUGCGUGGCAUUAAGAAGAGAAGUGGCAUACUUGAAUAAGAACGGAUACCUCAAGGACGUUAUGUCAGACAAAGCUCGUGGCGUCGUCAAUAAAGACAACUCCAACUCUCCUUCUCGACCUCCUCCACCUCCCCCUCAUACUAAAACUGUAAAUUUUAUUGCUAGAGGUUCUGACGUUUGUGGUUUGACUUAUUCUGCAGCGAAGAGACACGCUCGAGAGAACGAGAUAGACAGACCUACCCGAGUUGUCGCCACAAAAUACCUAACCCCUAUUACUUUUGAUGAAUCUGACGCAGGGGACAUCUCGGAUAAACAUCACGACGGUUUGGUGAUAUCCAUCCCUUUUGGAAACUGCAUGAUCAAACGAGUCCUAGUCGACAACGAUAGCUCCACCAAUGUUAUGAUGCUCGACGCCCUUAAGGAGAUGGUGCUCAACCCAGAUAUAGAUGUCGUCAAAAAAUCCACGGUGUUGAUAGGAUUCAGCGGCGAGGCGAAGACUACCUUUGGAGAAGUCAGUCUAACUGUUUAUGCCCAAGGGGUCAACCAACAGGCCUUGGAUUCACGACAUGAAGGCCAUCCCAUCGACAUACCAUCAAACCAUCAAAUUCCCAACUCGGAAAUCAAAGGGGAUCACCAAGAAUCCAAAGAAUCUUACAAGGCAGCCUUAAAGCCCUCAGCCACCAAUAAAUCUUCUUUAUAG